UAAAGACGCAGAAGAAGAAAAGGGGCCGGCAAAGAUGGCUGCUUCCGUUCACUGAGGGGGACAAAUACACGUUUAGACUAUUGUUGUUGACUAUAUAGUAGACAUCUGUAAAGAUAAUGUUUUUAAAACACUGCCUGAGAGCCACGGUGGCAGCUGUACGAGCCCGGGAUGUCCUGUCAGGUCUGAAACACGGCAGUGUUCCGUUAGCGGCGCGGCAGCGCGGUUACUGCAGCUCCAGGGGACAUCGCCAUGGUCAUGAAACCCUCACAAGCCAGCCAGUGAGACAGUAUGCCCGAGCAGUACAAAAAAAGCCAGAAUUUCAGAGUCAACUACAAGACCUGCCAUCGUCAAUGCUGAAACUUGAAUAUGCUUCUGUUCCACUGGCUCACACGGUUGAUGAUGUGGUGAAGAAGCUUCUCUCACUGGAACUUGCAAGUCAUAGUGAAAAACUGCGCCUGAAAGAGGAACAGCUGAUUGCAAAGGUCCAGAGGCAUGAAAAUGAUCGAAACUCAACAGAGGUUAAAGUGGCCAUGUUGACUGCGCGAAUACGCAAUUUUCAGGAGCAUUUACAGAAGCACCCUAAGGACAAAGCUAACAAGAGGUGGAUGCUGAUGAGCAUUGACCGCAGGAAGAAAUUGCUCAAAUACUUGAGAAGGUCACGAUAUGAUGCUUUUGAGAAGGUCUGUGCAGAGCUGGGGAUCAUAUACACCUUUCCUCCUGAAUACUACAGACGGGCAACCCGACGCUGGCUGGCUAAGAAAGCCCUCUGCAUCAAGGUUUUCAAAGAGGUCCAGAAACAAAAGGCAGAAAAGAGAAAUAAAGCUCUUGCUCAGAAGGCGGCUAAGAGCACAAACCCUACAGAAACCCAGGGGACUCCAGUAUAACAAAGUCUACCAUUACAAAUAUUAUUAAGCAGUAAUAUCAUGCAACAUAACCACAACUAUUAAAACUGGCAGAGAAAUGGAUACUGAAGAUUCUGAUGUCUGGUGUUUUCUGUUGAAAUUGUUCAUUUUCUAUGCUUUACAAAAUCUGAUGUGUUCUUUAUUUGCUUUAUGAUAAAUAUUAAUAAAAAUGGGAAGAGUAAA